CCCAGCAACCCCAACCGCAAACAACUCGGCGCCCGCGUCAUCAAACCCACCAAAAACUCCUCAGCGCUCAAAACGGCACAAUUUAAAAAAAAGCAUUCGUCGGGCAUGACGGCGUUGACGGAGAAGAGUUUGGCGAGUCGGGCGGGGCAUUUGGAGUUGUUGAAGGGUGGGAAGAGGGAGAAGAGG